AUGACAAAAUCGAUAAAAAAAUUCAUUAAAAACAGAUUUCCUUCACGAAGUUCUGAGCUCACUGCUAUCAGAUGGUUGAGAAUAAUAUCUUUAUUGAUUUGCUACACAGGCGUAUUAAUCUAUUUUGGCUGGAAAGCAUAUGAGCUGAGCCAAGAUGAGAGAACUUUAAGCUAUAAACAAGACGAUAGUAGCCCCAUUCCUGCCCCAAAAGCCACUUUUCUCUCUUCUUAUAACUUCAAAAUCGACUGCGUAACGUUCUAUUAUGAUAACACGACUGAUGAUUGUAAUAAGUAUGUCACCAACACCUAUUACGAUCAAUAUUUCGGUGGUUACUUGUUAAACUUCAGUGCACCUGACUUAGGGUUUGAUAACCCUAACGAUAAUGCAAAUGCCUUAUCAGAAAUUGGCUUGUUGAUUGUUAUAACGGAUCCAAAGUUUACUGGCGGCGAUGCUGGUCUGGGAGCGUUUUUUGCUGAUAGAGAUACGGAGUCUGAUUUGGCAUCAGCGUCCAAAACGCCACGCAUAAAAGGAGUUUCUGGUUAUAAGUCUACGGCAGAGCUUGAUAACUCUUACUAUUUAGCUAACAACCAGUCGUACUACCUCUUUUACUCACGCAAUAAAUUAAGUGCCCUUCACCAAAAUGCUAAAAACGUACUGUCUGGAAACGGCGACCAUAAAACAAUAACAAUGAUAAACAGCAUACUCGUAUCGUACCCCAACAUCGCUGUCGGAAGUUACGCGAAUGUAAUAAUAAGUCCCAAUUCUUAUAUAGUCAUAACGGAAACCGAAAACUCCGAUUUGACGGUGAGUGAUUUCCUCAGUGCUGUGGGUGGUAUUUACACUUUUGCAAUGGGAAUCUAUCUAUUUUUAUUCGGCUCCGAUGAAAUGAGUCCAUGGGGUUUGAUUCAAAAUCUUCCGUGCGCCCGCUACAAAGUUAGGUCAGCCCUCUACCAAAGUCUACGUCCGAAUAUUCCGUUCUCGGGUCCUAUAUUAUCAAAUGAUCUUUCGGUCGACCAGAAAUUUGAAGCGAUGGAAAAAAGACAUCUUGCAUUAGAGUUAUUUUUAAAGGAAUACGUUGUAAGCGUAGACAACGUCGUAAAGGAUGGUGCUCACUCGGAAGAUAUCGAAGCGCCUGCUGAGAAUGGUGUUGAAAAAGUUUGA